AUGAUCUUGAUCCAACCCCUUUUUCUUCUACUGCUACUUCUGCUCGCUGGAGCAGAAGCAGCAUCCACAGUUUCCACAGACAACAAUGGCUUCUCCUUCCUUUUCAAAGAUUCGCAGCUCGAUGGUGUACGAGAGAUUCAGCCAGAUGGUCGAGUGGUUCACAGCAACGACACCGAGAUGUUCGGCGUCGGUCACACCUUCUACUCUCGCCCUUUCCGGUUCAAAAACUCCCACACCAGCAACGCUUUGUCGUUCUCCACUUCUUUCGUCUUUGGAAUCAUACCAGAAAACCCUCUGUUCACGUUCCAUGGAAUGACCUUUGCGAUUGCGCCAUCUAAAGCAGUGACGGAUGCAUCUUCUUCGCAGCAUCUUGGUCUCUUUAACCGUACCAACGACGGAAACGCCUCAAAUCACAUUGUCGCCGUUGAAUUCGACACGUUUAGAAACCUCGAACUUGACGAUAUGGAUGGCAACCAUGUGGGUCUUGAUAUAAACAGUAUAGAAUCUGUGUUCGCUGCAACAGCAGGCUAUUACAAGAUUAAUGGAGGCUUUCAAACCCUAACUCUUGCGAGCUCCAGAGAAAUCCGAGCGUGGGUUGAUUACGAUGGUGUUGAAAAGACCUUGAAUGUCACACUAGCUCCUCUUCCCUUCAAAUUAAAACCUCAAAAACCUCUUGUAACUUGGAAGAAAGAUCUGUCACCUUUUUUACUCGAAGAAAUGUACGUCGGGUUUACUUCAGCCACUGGGGUUCUUCUUCAGACGUUUUACGUCGUUGGUUGGAGUUUUCAAAUGAAUGGAAAAGCUCAAGAAAUCGAUAGAUCAAAGAUCCCACCUUUACCUCUCAUGAAAAAAUCAACCAAAAAGACAAAAAUGGCUUUAGAAAUUGGGUUAUCUUUAGGUGGAAUAUUACUGGUUCUUUUAUCGAUUUCAAUUUUGGCGAUUGUUUUGUUCCAAAGAAGAAAACGUAAAUUUGAAUUCGAAGAAGCUCUUGAAAGUUGGGAGGUUCAAUACGGACCUUGCAGGUUUUCCUACAAAGAUCUUUUCAUCGCCACAAAAGGGUUUAAAGAAAGUGAGCUGCUUGGAAAAGGUGGUUUUGGUCAGGUUUAUAAAGGAACCUUGCUGGACUUAGGAGCUCAGGUCGCAGUAAAGAAGAUAUGGCAUACAUCAAGUCAAGGAAUGAAGGAAUUCGUGGCGGAGAUCGCCACGAUAGGUCGGUUACGACACCCAAAUUUGGUCAGACUUCUUGGGUAUUGUCGAAGAAAAGGCGAAUUGUUUCUUGUAUAUGAUUACAUGCCGAAUACUAGUUUGGAUAAGUUCAUAUUCAAUUCGAAUCCCAAAUCUACUUUAACAUGGAAACAAAGGGUCAAAAUUAUUAUCGAUGUAGCCAAAGCAUUAGCAUAUCUGCAUGAAUGGUGUGAAGUUAUAAUCCAUCGGGACAUAAAAGCAAGCAACGUGUUACUUGACGCGGAAUUGAAUGGUAAGUUAGGUGAUUUUGGGCUCGCGAGAUUUGGCAACAACAAUGGAACCGAUGCAAAAACGACCCAUUUGGCUGGGACCUUGGGAUACAUAGCACCUGAAUUGGCUCGCAAAGGAAAAGCCACCACCGCAACCGAUACUUUUGCUUUUGGAACAUUUUGUUUAGAGGUUGUUUGUGGUCGGCGACCUGUGGAAUUGCAAGGGCGUGAAGAGGCAGUGAUUUUGGUCGAUUACGUGUGGGAUUGUUGGUAUAAGGAGCAACUUUCUGAGGUGGUUGAUCCGAAACUAAGGGAUGACUAUGAAACUGAGGAAAUGGAGUUGGUUUUGAAGGUGGGGUUGCUUUGUUCACAUGUUGUGUCCGUGCUGAGACCGAGCAUGUCGCAAGUUUUGAAGUUCCUUUUAGGAAAGGAGCCAUUGCCACCAGAUUUCAAUGGUGUAUUGAAGAUAAGAGAUGACAAUUGGAGUCAACUUGGCCAUGCCUCUUCAAGUUCUUACUUUUUGCAAAUUCACUACUCGGGGACAUUGGAACCGAUCACCCACUCAUUAAUGUUUUCAGGGCGGUGA